AUGGACAUGGAUCCGUCGCAGCAGCACGUGAGAGAGUCCCAGCCGGGGGAAGGUCGCAGUGGCGCAGACUCCGAUCUCCGCGCGCGCCCCAUGCGCCCUCCGGCUCUGCCCCCCGCCAGCCGUGGUGGAGCGGAAGGCGGGUUGGUGCGAGAGCGCGUGAGACUGAUGGGCGCGGUGCUGCGGGCUGCGCCUGGCGCGCACGCGGCGGGCGGUGGGGCGGAAGGCGGAAGCGUAGGCGCGGGAGCAGUGAGAUUCGCGGAUGGGGUGGGCGAGGGGAACGGGCAAACGCAAUGGCUACCGGCGGGUGGGGACGAGGGACUGGGGGACGGGGGGGAGGACAACGAGGCGCGUAGGAAGCGCGCGCGGACGGAGCGGCAAGGCGGAGAGGGCGUUGCAGGCGCGAUGGGUGAGAUGGGGUUCGGCGGGGCAUGGAACGGGGAGCAGGAGAGGCGUGGAAUUGCGGGGUUGGGGGGGUUGCAAUAUGAGGGGCAAGGGGCUGGGCAAGGAUGGCCGGGGGAGGGUGAGCGGAAGCUGGCGCAGGAUCAGGCGCGCGUGCAGAGACAGGGGGAACAUGGGGAACAGGGGGAACAUGGGGAGCCAGGGGAGGAGGAAGAAGGGGAGGAGCAGGCACAGGAGCAAGAGCAGGCGCAGGAGCAGGAGAGGGAGCAGGAGGGGGAGCAGGAAGGGGAGGAGGCAGGGGGGGAGCAUGAGGGGGAGGGCGCGAGCAUUCGGCAGCGGUUGCUGCAGCAGCACAGGCAGAUGCUGGCAGCGGCGCAGCACUCGCUGCUGAUGCGCGGAGGCGGGGAGGGCGCGGAGGGCGCGCAUGGCGGAGUGGACCUUCUGCAGCAGCAGCGCCAGCUACAGCGCCAGUACUUGCGCCUGCUGCAGCGGGACAUGCGCGCGCAGCUUAAUAGGGGGACGCCCGGGGGAGGCAGGGGGCGGGGCGGAGCGCUGGGGGCGGACGGGCGCGCGGGUGUGGCGGGCGCAGGGGGUGGCGGGGGACAGGAGAGGAUGUGGGCGGUAGCUGGGGCCGCGGCUGGGUGGCGGGGGCAACAGGGGCAGGUGGGGCAGCAGGCAGCGGAUACAGCUGGCAGGAUAAUAUCGUCUCCAGUUGUAGUAGCAGGAGCACCGACGGCAGCAGUGCCAGCAGCAGCGGUAGCACCGCCAGCAGCGCCAGUGCGGGCAGUUUCCCCCACAGGCGGCGUGAGAGGCGAGGCGGCGCAGCGGGUGGCGGUAGGGGGGUGGCGGCGGGACGUGCUGGGGGACGGGGUUGCGCGCGCGGAUGCAAGGCGGGCUGGCAGCGAUGUGGACGAAGGGGCUGGUGAGGAGGCAGGGGCGGAGGCGGAGGGGGCGGCGGAGGGUGAGGGGGAAGGGGAAGCGGGGUGGGAGCAAGGAGAGGGGCGGGAUGACGGGGGAGAGGGCAUGGGCGCGGAGGUGUGGAACGAGCCAGUUGCUGCGGGGUGGGGGCAAAUGAUAGGUGAGAACCGGGCAGCAGUGAUGGGUGCCGCAAGGCCACUGGUGGGUGAGCCUGCGCGGGUGGCGGAGGGGUGGUUCCACCCGGUUGUGCAGGCGGAAAUCUGGCGCAGGGCGCAGCAAGGGGGUGCGGCUGCUGGCGCUGCUGCAGGUGGUAAUGUUGGUGUGGCUGGUGCUGCGGGCGGUGGUGAUGGUUAUGGUGGUGGUAAUGGUGGUUUUGAGGAGGAGGCAGGAGAAACGGGCUGGGGGGAGCGCGAGGGAGCAAGGGUGGCGCAUGGGGUGCAUUGGGGGGCACAUGGGGCGCAUGGGGCGCAUGGGGCGCAUGGGGCGCAUGGGGCGCAUGGGGCGUAUCCCGCGCCUGCUGUACCCUCAGAGCGUGUGCUUGUGACGGGGCCGUUCCUCUUUUCGACGCAGCAACUUGGGGGGCGCGCGGAGGAGGGGCUGCGCAGCAACUCCAACGUCUGCGCGCCCUCCCGCGCGGGGGGUAUGGGCGCAGGCGUGGGAGAGCGUACGGGGAGCUCGCUGGACGAGACUGAGGAGUCGGAGGGGAGUGGCGGAGGCGCGGGGGAAGGGGGAGGCGGAGGGGGAGGGGGGAGGGGGAAGGGCGCGGGAGACGGAGAGGGAGGAGAUGGGGAGGGGAAAGGGGGGAGGGAGGGGCAGGGCGGGGCAGGGGAGUCGUUUGGCGGUGGCAGUGGCGCAGGUGGCGCUGGUGGUGGCAGAAGGGUGGCUGGCGCUGCUGUUGCAGAUGGUGAUGGGGGUACUGGUCGUGGCGGAGGGGUAACAGCGACAGGCGGGGCAGCAGGGGCAACAGCAGCAAGGCCGCAGGCGCCAUCGGCAGGCCCCAGGCAGCAGCAGCAGCAGCAGCAGCAGCAGCAAUGGCUGCAGCCGCCGCAACAGCAGCAGCAACGCCACGAGCCUCUGCCACCACCACCACCCCCACAGCAGCAGCAGCAGCAGCAGCAGCAGCAGCUGAGGCAAACGCAUAGGAUGGCAGAGAGAGGAGCAGCAGGCGGGGCAGCAGCAGCAGUGGCAGCAGCACCAGCUGUUUCUGCUGGUGCGCCUGGGAGAGGCAGAGACGGCCCAGCCACUCUACCCACCACCGCCCCCUCCUCCGCGCAUCAACCACCCUUCCUCCGCCACCCUCCUCCCCACCUCCCCCACACACCAUCCGCGCCCGCCGCCCUUCAACCCCCACCCCUUCCCCCCGUCCGCGCUGCAACAAACCCCUCCCCUCCGCCCCCUCACCUCUCCUCACCAACCGCCAUGCCACCUCCCAGGCUGGACCCACCAGCAGCCGCGCCUCAACCCAGGGUUGACCCUGCCACACUGACCCCUCAGCCUUUACUGUCGCUGCGGCACUGGUUGAACCGGGCGGGCAGGGAGGUGGAUAGGUUGGAGAACCUGUUUCUGUUCGCGCAGGUGGUGGACAUGGUCGCUGCCGCCCACACGCAGGGCCACGUGGUUCGCCACGUGCGGCCGGCGUGCUUUGUCCUGUCCGCGCAUCGAAGGGUGGUGUUUCACCCACCGUUUCUGCGGGCGCGAGCCGGGGAGGCGGGGGAGGGGGAGGCGGGGGAAGAGGAGUUGGGGGAUGGGGGUGGUGUAGGGCAGGUGCUGCUGCAACAGCAGCAGCAGCAACAACAGGAGGAGGAGCAGCAACAGCGGCAGCAGCAGCAGGGGUGGCGGCAGCAAGAGGAAGGGGGCGGAGGCGGAGGGGCAGCAGAGGGGGCAGCGACGUGGAGGGAGCAGCAGGCGGAGGCAUGGCAGCGGGCAAUGCUGCAGGAGCAAGGGGAGGAGGGUAUGAUAGCGCAGGGGCAGGGGCAGGGGCAUCUGGCGCAGGGGCAAGUGGGAGGGAGGGCACAGCGAGCAUCAGCAGGGCGGGGUAUUGCAGGGCAGCAGCGAUUAAUCCCCGGUGCUGGAGGGGCAGAGGCAGCUGAACCAGGGGGAGUGGACAUGCAGUGGGGAGGCGGAGGAGGAGGCGGAGGGGGAGAGUGGGGGAGGGCGGAGGAGGAGGAGGCGCGGUGGUACACGUCUCCGGAGGAGGCAAGGGGCGACCGUGUGGGGGCUGCUCUCCUUCGGAGGAGUGGUUCAUCUCUUAGGCGACCGUGUCAUCAAACCCUUUUGGUGGCCGUACACCUCCAAGACCGCGGUCUAAGAGCGUGCCACCAUUUUUCAUUCCAUGGUUCAAAUCAUUGA